AUGAGCAACAUGUUUUGCCUCCUUCUCAUUCUCUUCUUUGCGGGAGACGUCAUCUCUAUUUGUGAGGUUGGGGGACUUCCUCCUUUUCCUCCCCUCAGGAACAAGACCAUCACCAUUCCAAAGGACCAGAAAACAUUAGACUUCGAAUGCUUGACACGUGGCUACCCUGAGGUGCUACUGGUGACCGCAUGGAAUGUGACUUGCAUAAACCGAGAGGCAUUCCAUGCGGUCAUUUUUACUGGCACAUGUGAAGGCCUCGCUGUCGGUUUGGCUGCAUUGUUGUUGAUCGCGGGAGUUGGGGGUGUGUACUUCUAUUUUCGCGCUCGAGAAGCAACCAUCCCUAAUCACGGUUUUAACCUUCCAACACCUGACCAGGAAGUCAUCAACCCACCACCUGAUCAGGGGGUCAUUUGGGUGAGAGACGACAUUUUUGUUACUCAGGAGGAUGAAGAGGAGCUGAGAGAAGAGGGAGGCUAUGUUAGCUUCGUUGUAAGAAAGAUCGAGGUGAUGGAUGGAGUUAAGGAGAAGAUUCGGGAGAACCUUCAAGGUUUAUGUGAUUUCCUUGAUAAAAACGGAAAGGAUAAGCAUGUUCUGUUUGACGAAGUCCCUCUUACUCUGGGAAUUGAGGAUCCUCUUAAUGAGAAGAGACUCUCAGAGCACUGGAAGAUCUCCCGCUUCAAGGGAAAUAUAGAGGGAAAGGAAGACGCCAAAGAGCCACUGGACUCCAUAUAUGCUGUAGUAGACACCAUCCAGAGAAGAAAUAUGCUGGUGAACACUCUUAAACAUGUAUAUGAGAAAGAGGUCGGAUUUGUGGACUCAAUUGGGAGAUUACGUGGUAUUUCUCCCAACUCCAUUGUAGUUGUGACUGCUGACCAGAUAUUAGGAUGGCAUUCAAAUAAAGAAAUCGUCAUUCUUGACAUUUUUGGGUCCAAUUGGAGAAAUUAUCUUCGCAUGGUGUCCUCAUCCCAAAAGAAUGUCACCAUUGUCAUGGAACAUGAAGUUCUUCAAAGAGGGAAAUAUUCUGAGCUAUGUGCAAUAUUAAAAACACCGAUUAUAAGCGUCCCUGAAAACAAGAAAAAGCUGUUGAGCGAUAUGGAGAAUACAGGCAUGAAGAGAAAAUGGAUGAUGGAAGAACUAGAUGAAACAAAAUGGGAUAUUCUGAAUUGGCAAGAUGAGAAUAAUUAUCAUGGAGCUCAAGUCAGUAAAUCAACUCCCUCAAGUCCUGCUAAUCAACAUGAUACCAACAGCAGAUUAAAGGUCAUUUUCGGGCCCCCAAAUUCCGGGAAAAGCAUUGAGUUACUAAAAAGGAUUGAGUACCUGGUGGCUCAUCGACGCGAUAAUCCUUAUGGAAUCCUCCUGCUCCACAUGGGAAGCACUCUUAGUCAGAACGAAUUCUUCAAACAUCUUGGCGGUCAUAAACUGGAUGAGCUAGAUAUUGCGCUGGUACCCAAAAGUUUGUCCCCUAGGGACAUCAUCAAGUUCGACAGGGUAAAAGAAGUGCAGAGGAAAUUCCUGAGUUCAAAAAUUCACAUGCUUGUUGAUGAUUAUUGCAUCCAAGCUGCCACCACUGAAGAAGAGAAGAAAGAGUGGGAGCAUAUUCUCGAAGAAAUGAACAAAAUGGAAGAUCAUUUAAUCCUGACUAUCGUCUUUCAAGCUCACGCAAAAGGUGGUAGGCAAAUCUCCAUAGAAGAGCUGAAGUCUUUUUUUAAGGAACAGGAACCAAAGGUGGAGGUUCUUGAGCUAAGUCAAUGCUACUCUGCUUAUUUUAAUGACCCAGAGCUUCUCCAACAUAUCUGUAGGAAUGAGACCAAUGAGCAGUUGUUGCUUGAAGCCAAAAGUCUUUACACAGAGUCUCGUGGGGGAGCAUUGGUCAAUGGUCCCAAACCUUUGUGUUACAGCAUGCGCUAUAGCUGUCCUGGCAAACAUGGAAAUUACCGAUGCAAGGGAAAGGCAUCUUGUAUGCGUUACAUUGCUAGUUUUAUGUCGUUUUGCUCUGUCCUGGAGGAAUUAAAGAAGACCAAGUCUGAGAAGAAGAAUAAGGAUCCAGUGCGCAUUCUGAUGACAGACAAGGAUCUAAUGGAAUUCAUGGAUGAGUAUAGCAAAGGCAAAAAUGUUGGAGAGCUUCGUUUCAUUCACCCAAAAGAUUUUCGAGGAUGUGAAUCCAAUGUUUCCAUCACUGUUAACGUGGAGGAUUCGUGGCUUUUGGAGAGUUUAUCCAGAGCUAAAACGGAUCUCUGGAUCAUUGACUUCUUACCAGACCAUCAAGACGUUUGGCGCACCAUGCAGGAAGAGAAAAAGGUAGAGGAGAAGGAAGUCAAAGACCUCCCUAUCGACGAACAAACCACAAACAGGCUCGUUCACGUAGGAAACUUCAAGGAACGGGAUCUGGAGGUUUUGGCAGUCAGGAUGGGGAUGGCAUCAUUCUGGGCCAUCUGGAUAGCCUCAGUGAUGACUUGGGUUGCCUUGGAGACAUCAUCAGCUGAAGAGAUGGAGAGGGAGUCAGGGAGAGAUGAAACCAGUUCCAGUCAGCCCUACAAAAGUCAGGGGUAUUCUGGGGUGUUGGUGAAAGUCAACUGUCAAAAUGAUGGGCAGGUGGUCUGA